GUAAAUUAAAAAUAAAACUACGUUAUAAAAGAAAAAUAAUCCCCAACCCUAACGCAAUUGAAAUUAAGGAUAGAUUCCCUGUCUCCUCCAGCGACGACUUUUCUGCUGGGUUCAUCCCAAUUCGAAUUCCACCUUAAUAUCUAGACCCUUGUGAAAGCUGUUUGUCUGUUUGAUUUGGAAGUUGGUAUAGAGAAUUUGCUGUAAUGGGUGGCCAAAGGAGUGGUUAUGGUAAGCGUCCCCACUCUCAAUCUGACUAUGAUAAUGGACCAAAUAAAAGGAGGAAUCACGGUGAGGAUAGAGAGCAGUUUGUGAUUGAUUCGGAAGAUACAGUUUUUCGAUAUGUAUGCCCGGGUCGAAAGAUUGGCAGUGUUAUUGGUAGAGGAGGUGAGAUUGUUAAGCAACUGAGGGUGGAGACCAAGGCCAAGAUUAGGAUUGGUGAGACUGUGCCGGGUUGUGAAGAGCGAGUUGUUACUAUUUAUAGCCCCAGUGAUGAGACUAAUUCUGUUGAUGGUGGUGGGAAUUACGUGUCUCCGGCUCAGGAUGCUCUGUUUAAGGUGCAUGACAGAAUAGUUGCUGAGGACUUGCAUGGUGAUCAGGAUGAUGAUGGAGGUCACCAAGUGACUGCUAAGCUGCUGGUGCCAUCUGAUCAGAUUGGUUGUGUCAUUGGGAAAGGCGGGCAGAUAGUUCAGAACAUUCGUAGUGAGACUGGGGCCCAGAUUCGGAUACUCAAGGAUGACCAUUUACCUUUGUGCGCCUUGAGCUCUGAUGAGCUUGUUCAGAUUACUGGGGAUGCCGCUGUUGUGAAAAGGGCUCUGCAUCAAAUAGCAUCUCGACUUCAUGAUAACCCUUCACGAUCUCAGCAUCUUCUUACUUCUGCUGUUCCUGGUGUAUAUCCUGCUGGUAGUUCCCUCAUUGGUCCAACUCCAGGAGCUCCAAUUGUGGGGAUAGCUCCCCUUGUUGGAGCUUAUGGGGGAUAUAAAGGUGACACUAGUGACUGGCCACCGCGGUCCAUGUACUCAGCUCCGAGGGAUGAGGGGUCUUCAAAGGAGUUUUCAGUUCGAUUGGUUUGCCCAACCGGAAACAUUGGAGGUGUUAUAGGAAAAGGUGGUAUGAUAAUAAAUCAAAUUAGGCAGGAUUCUGGUGCAACAAUCAAAGUUGAUAGUUCACCAACAGAAGGAGAGGAAUGCUUGAUCACCAUUUCGACAAAAGAGUUCUUUGAAGAGACUUUCUCCCCAACAAUAGAAGCAGCUGUGCGAUUGCAACCUCGAUGCAGUGAGAAGGUUGAAAGAGAUUCAGGAAUCAUCUCUUUCACAACCCGCCUUCUGGUAUCAACCUCACGAAUUGGUUGCCUUAUUGGUAAAGGGGGAUCUAUCAUAACUGAGAUGAGGAGGCUUACAAAAGCUAAUAUUCGCAUUAUCUCGAAGGAUAAUCUUCCUAAGAUUGCAUCUGAAGAUGAUGAAAUGGUGCAGAUUUCAGGAGAUCUUGACGUUGCCAAGGAGGCUCUGGUGCAUGUACUUACACGGUUGAGAGCGAAUAUUUUUGAUAGGGAGGGUGCUCUCUCUGCAUUCCUUCCAGUUAUGCCAUAUCUGCCUGUUUCAGCAGAUGGAUCAGAUGGCCUAAGCUUUGAUGGUAGAGAUGGUAAAAGACAUGGACGUGGACAUUCUUAUUCAAGUGGGUAUGGUGGCUCAAGUGAUGUAACGGGUGGUGACAUUUAUGGAAGCUAUGGUGGUUCACAGCUUGGAAGUAGCAGUGCUUAUGGGGCUUAUGGAAGUUAUUCUUUGGGACGGUCUAGUACUGCUGGGUUGUCAACUCAGAGUGGUGUUUCUCGGAGGAGAAAUCAUGCUUACUGAACUUAAUGAGUCUUUGCAGGUAGAAUGCAAUUUUCAUUAAUGGUCUACUUUUAUCUGGAAACUUCCUCUAAUUUAGAACUCUCAACUUCCUAUAAUAUAGUAAAUAAGAGAUUGAUAUCUUAACCUGACCAGUCCCAUUUAGAAUUCUGAUGAUAUUGUUUUCCCUUUGUUCCCUUUCCUUUACCACCCAAACAGCUGAGUUCUGUGAAGCCCGCAGCCUGCCUACUGCCUAAACCAGAAGACCUGAUGAACCAGGGUUUGACAAACUUAUGGCCCACCCUGACGCUACUACUUAGAGGACCAAACUUAUGUGGAGACUAUUGAAAUUGGCCAUGUCCAUUUUACCUUAAUUCCCAAGCUUGAUAACUUGUUCUCCCAAGAACCUAUAAAUCUGGCUUGCCUUUCUGUUAUUAUUGUGGUUUAUUUUUAACUUUAAAACUGAGACACCAUGUACCUUUCAUCAUCCAUCAGUUGUAUACUAUUUACUGUUUUUGGGUUUUAUUUUCUCAUAUUUUCACUAUCACAUCAAAUUUGGUGGAGUUUUGGCGUCAUGUAUUGCAGGUGCCUCUAUUUGCCUAUAUCAGCAUGAACAGGUAAAGGCAUUUUGUCUUCUAUGAUUCUGAAAGUUUACACAAAUGGGUGUUGUGAGUACCUUACGUGAUUGCACUUUUCAGUUUAAUGGUAUGAAAGCUGUACUUACAUCUUAAUAUGUUGUUAACUCUACGACUGAAGCUCAUAGUCGACAACAAGUUGUUUGUGGUAAGAUCAGUAGAAGACAUUGUAUGGUAUAUGGUGAUUCAGAAAUAUAGAGGAUCUGUUUGAUGAAUUCUGUUUUGAGGAUAAAUUGUGAAAGCUUGAAGGCACACUUCAACAGCAUUAGUAGUGAUGGUGACUGGCUGUAGUAGUUCGAAGUGAAAAUAGAAAAUUGAUUAGAACGAGUUAAAGGAAACAAACGACUAGUGUUUUCAUUUUUCUGCACUAAGACAGAUUGAGAAAAAAAAUUCUUAAAUGAUUUGUUUUUAGUUUUUUCAAAUAUAAAAACUCUUUCAAAAGCAGUAUUCGAACAUGCCAUCACUUUUGGCAGUUUUUUUUUUUUUAUGAUUUUCCAAUAUCACACAUGCUUGGAUAUUUAUCAGUGCUGUACAUUUUUUUAGCUUAAUUAGCAUUCAACUGCACUGAACUACAUUUUUAUUUAUUUAUUUCACUUUUAAAUUGUAUUGGACUACCACUAUUCACAAAAGUUGGCAUAAGAAAAGAAGAUAUUUUCUGUCAGGCCAUUAGGUGACCUGGCACAGUGAGAGUCUUCUGAACUCUUGGUGAUCCAAUGGCCAGUGCAAAGGUGUGACUAGGGUUACUCUUAGAAUUCUGUUCUUGAGUACUUGUUUAAAUUCUGUGAACAAUGGCCUAGAGAGAGAUGCAGUGAUCUGAAUUUCUUUUGGAGCUUUGGUGUAUUUCACUUUUCCAGGUAUUUGGAUUAGAUAAUACUUUGAUGAUACCUGGAGAGUGGAUGAAUUGGAUUUCGGUUGCUAAGUGGUAGUUUGUAUUUAACAACUUGUAUUGUUCACUGGUUUGUAAUUUUAUGUGAAAUGCACUUUGAUUUGUUCUAUGCAACUCAUUUCGUAGGCAAUAGUUUUUUGUUGGCUCUCAUUUGAUUGAUGCAAAAGCAUCAUGGCCAUUUUUGCAUUUACGAUUUGUUCUUAUUAUUGUCUUAUUUCAUUGACUUUGAACAUGCCACGAAAGUUGUGACUGUUCAUGUAAAUAAAUGGCUUGUGAGGCUCCAUUUGGAAUUAACCUGGUUUUAUUCGGUGCAUUGUUGGCCUAGUAUAUACUUGCUUCAUUAUGCAUGGUGAAUCAAGACCAAAUGUAUUCCAUCCUUUUGUUCCACACUUUUCGGUGGAAUUAAAGUAUAGUAUUUAUUCAA